AUGGGUGCUAGCGACUCAAAGCUCGUCUUCAAGAAGGGCAUCUUUAGGCUGUCCGAAGAGCGACACAUUCCCUCUGGCGAUGUGUACUGGGCCUCGUUCUGGGAGCUCCCUGAAUCUGCCGAAGACAUCUUUAGCCUCUUCGCUGCGGCUGACGUGCGCCGCACCCGCGACAAUGCGCUCGAGAACCUUGAGAGCCUUAUCCAGGCCGUGACGGCCCGACUAUUCAUCCUCCGCAACCACCCUUCGUUCCCCGAUCCCGAACUAGCACCUGAUCGAGAAGCCUUGAACUGCAUCCGUGUUCUGACACGGGUCCUUCCAUUCGUAUACGAGCAGGAGUCUCUGCAACAAUGGGAGGAUCAACUGUUCUGGUCCCCGCGGCGCAGGCCGACGCGGAAGUCGUCGAUAGCCAAUGAGGUCCUCUUCGAUGGGGGACAAGAUGUUUCGACGAAGCCCUCAGGAGACGAUUUCGAAGACGCGAAACCGCUUGGGCAAGAACUCAUUGAUGCUCUGCUCGACCUCCUCUUCUUCUCCGACUUCACCGUUCCCAGGUCGCCGCAGGGCAAACCCAAAGUCACCUACGCCAUCUGGCAGAGCGGUGUGGGAUGUAAUACGUCAAUCCCGACCACAAGGGAUCAUGAGAGCAACCGCUGCGAGAUUCUGCGCCUGCUUCUGACGCUGGCGAGUCGCAGCAUGUACCUGUCUCCUAGCGUGCUACCCCAGCAGGGCAUCAAGGCCCUCACUUACAUCUGUACUUGCUCAGACAAGCAGGUGGUUCUUUCAGUCUUGUGCUCGCUGUUGAACACGACCCUCAAAUACAACCCAGUCAGUUGGCGGGUGCCUUACAAUGCCCUUGUCUUCAAUGACCCGAAGGAGAUUCUCGUGACGUACACACUGCAGUUCCUGUUGGCGACGCUGCUCUACCCCAUUCCCGAGCAAAAUGGCGCCCUGACGCCCAAGAACACCUACCGCCACUUCCUUGGCCGCCUACACCGGCCUCAGGACUUUCAGUUCGUCGUUGACGGAAUGACGCGGAUCCUGAAUCAGCCACUGCAGGCCAACUCCUCCUACAUUCCUGGAGCCCAGCCCCCGGUCCGAUUCGCGCCCGAGAUCAUAAUGUUGUUCUGGGAGAUUACACAAUGCAACAAAAGGUUUCGAUCUUUCAUCGUCGACACGGAGCGUGCACACGACUUUAUCGUUUUGGUUCUGUUCUACGCUCUUGAGUACAAGACCGAUGUUUCCAGACAAGGUGUGGUGAGAAUGUGCGCUUUCCUGCUGCAGACCCUCAGCGUGGAGAAAAACUUUGGGGUCAACCUGAACAAGUCGUUUCAGGCACAGGAUACUUUGCCUCCCGCUAUCCGAAUUGCCGGCUUCCGGGGGACUUACGGGGACUUUCUCAUUCAGUCUAUCUACGGACUGAUUACGACCAGCCAUGGGAAGCUGACGGCCAUUUACCCCGCGCUGCUGGCGGUUAUCAACAAUAUUGCUGCAUACCUGGAGGGCUUGAGCGCGCCCACUUGCUCCAAGAUCAUGCAACUGUUCAAUUCCAUGUCCUCCCCGUCUUUCCUCUUGGCGAAUGAGACUAAUCACGGGCUUCUGCGGUCGUUACUCGAGGCAAUAAACGCCAUCAUCGAGCAUCAGUGCGACAAGAACCCCCAGUUCAUCUUCACGAUACUGAGAAACCGAAAGAGGUUUGAAGCGUUGCGCUCCCUGACGCUGGAAAGCGGCCAGGAGGAGAUUGAGAGACGCAACCGGCGGAGGAAGGACAGCAGCGCAUCCCACGAUCCAUUAGAGCAAAGCUCGACCAGGAGCUCGGCCGAGAGUAUCAGGAGCCCAACAGGACCGGCUUCGCGAGCCCCGACGCUUGGAGACGUGCCAGAGGAUGAUAGCACAUUUGCAAUUGGGGACGACGAAGCUGACAGCGAUGACGAAACACGGCCGACGCCUGCAGCGUCCAGUCCCAGCGAUAACCCCUCUGUACCUUCGUCGGUGGCAUCUGCAGCAGACGAUGACGUGCCGAGGCAGCUGCAGGGCAUGUCGGAGAAGGCGAGAGGAAAAAUGCCGGCCGGCGCAGGCAAUUUCUCCCGUCAGAACAGCACCGCCAGCCUUGGAAGCCAUGCUGCCGCCCAAUCACAGUCUGGGCUGUUUCAGCCCUCAGCCCAGUGGAUGGACAGUUGGCUCCCUGAAUUGCCACUGCACACGACGCUGACUGUCCUACAGCAGCUGCCAGUUCUCGUCCCGCGCCAGGCUCUCUCGUCAGACACGGUUUCGCAGGCUACUCUGGGCAAAAUUCGUGAUGUACAACUCGUGGGGGUCGAGCCAUCCCCUAUCCGUGUUCACUCGUUUGAGUGGUCGACCCUGGCGCUCGGGUGGUACGAGUCGCUGCUCUGGGGCUUCAUCUUCGCCAGCGAGAUGCAGGUGUCGAAAGGGACCGUGGGCGUCUGGAAUACGACAAACAUCAAGCUAUUCCGCGUUCAGGAGACAGCGCCGCAGGGCCCGACGCUAACAUCCCCGCGCGGCGCCGUGGACGCGGUUGGCAGUAACAUCGUGUCCCGCAUCGGGGCGAUCAAUCUGCGCGGAGUUGGAAGCCCGUCGGUGUCGACCCUUGGUAAUCGACAGCCUUCCCCCCAAGGCGCUUAG